AUGGGCCAAGGGGGGCCUGGAGGGCCUAGGAACUUUGGUCCCACCAAUACAGGGGACAUACCCCCCAAUAACAUGGGAGGUGGUGCACCCAAUAGGGGUGGCAUGCCACCCAACAACCUCGGUGGCAUGCCAUCCAAUAACAUGGGAGGACAACAAGCACCGGGCUACAUGGGACAGCAACCGUCAAACUACAACAUGGGACAACAGCCACCAUCCUACAACAUGGGACAACAGCCACCAAACUACAACAUGGGACAGCAGCCACCACACUAUGGGGGACAACAGCCACCAAACUAUGGGGGACAACAGCCCCCAUCAAGCUAUAUGGGCGGAAAUCAGCACAACAUGGGAGGUGUGCCAAACAAUGCAGAAAAUUUCCAAUAUGAUAAUGCACCGAAGAGUGGAGGAGCACCUUAUCAACCUGGUCCUGGGCCGAAUCAGAACAAUUAUGCACCAAACGUGGCUGGUGGAAAUCCUUACCAGAACCAGAACAUGCCUGGAAGGGAUAUUCCACCGCCUCAAAACUAUCAAUAA